AUGCAAGGCACCGAGUCAGCCCAGGAGAGCCGGGCUCUGUGAUUUCGCUGCGUUACAACUUCCCCGCUACUGCCGGCAGCUCCCGGCGGGGCUGCGGGCAGGGAUCCCUAUAGGGGUGCAGCGGGAUCACCCCCACGGCCCCGCACGGGACUUCCCGUCACCUCCCGGCGCCGUCCCGAGCAAACUCCGGCUCCAGGUUAUCCCAACCCCUCGCCGAACCGGCGGGCUGGGCUGCUUCAUGGCAGCGCUCCCUUAAAGGGGCCGCGUGCGAGCACGCGUGUGAGUUGGUGCGUGAGCGCGUUGCACACGCAGCCGUAAGCGCAAAGAGCCCGUCCGACCUCCGCCCGCGGAUCUGCCUCGGCGGGGAGCAGAGCGCUUGGCAUGUAGGGCGAGGAGAAAGAAAAAGCAGGCAUGGGGAACCAGGUGGAGAAGCUGACCCAUCUGAACUACAAGGAAGUUCCCACGGCUGACCCAACGGGCAUGGACAGAGAUGAAGGGCCCAGGAUCGGGGUCUCCUACAUCUUUUCCAAUGAUGACGAUGAGCUGGAGCAGCAGCAGGACUCAGGGCAUGACCUCGGGGGUGAGCACCCUGCCCUGCAGCCCUAUGAUCCCCAGCUGCAUGAGGUGGAGUGCUCUGUUUAUUACCGGGAUGAGUGCAUCUACCAGAAGAGCUUUUCUGAGGAGGACGUGCUGCCAGAGGAGGGUGAGGAAGGAGGCAGAGGACACUUGAGCACCUACACCCCAGAGAACCUGCUGAACCGCUGCAAACCAGGCGACCUGGUGGAGUUUGUGUGCCAGGCCCAGUACCCACACUGGGUGGUCUACGUGGGGGAUUUUCAGGUUGUGCACCUGCACAGGCUGGAGGUGGUGAACAGCUUCCUCACCGAUGCCAGCCAGGGCAGGAGGGGCCGCAUUGCCAACCAGUUGUACCGCUACAAACCCCUCAGCCCGGCUGUGGUGGUACGCAAUGCCCUGGAGCAGGUGGGCUGCAAGGACCGGGACCUGAGCUGGAGAAACUCGGAGUGUUUCGCUGCCUGGUGCCGCUAUGGCAAGCGGGAGUUUAAAAUCGGCGGGGAGCUGCGCAUCGGCAAGCAGCCCUACCGCCUGCAGAUCCGGCUGGGCGACAAGCGCAGCCACACGCUGGAAUUUCAGAGCCUGGAGGAUCUGAUCAUGGAGAAGAGGAGAAAUGACCAGAUCGGUAGGGCUGCCGUGAUCCAGGAGCUCUCCAGCCACCUGCAGGCUGCAGAGGAAGAGGACGAGGAGGAUGAGGAAGACCAUCCCCACCAUCCAGGUGCCCGGACUGCUGUGGAGUAGUGCCUCAGCACCGCCAUGCUGCUCGGGCUGGGUGAUGGGGAUUAAAACGGAAGGCUGCGAAAUUGAGCUGUUAUAAACCCUUUGGGCCGUUUCAGUGCAGCUUCAUUCCGAUCACAUGUGAAAGGAAGGGGGAAAGCUGAUUAAGUGUCUGUGCUUUAGUGCUUAACUCCUUCAGUGCUCGAUGAUAAAAACCACUGACUUAUUGUAGAGGAUAAAACUCAGGGCAACUCUAUCCUUCUCUGCUCCCACCUCUUUCCCUUCCUCUGUGCCAGCCCUUCCCUCCACCAUCUGCCAGUAGGCCUGACCCUAUGGGAUGCUAAAUGCCUUUGACACCUACUUAUCGGCAGAAGUUAAGAGUACUUAAUACUAUUAAGGAGCCAACAACUUCAGGACAUGGCCAUGUUUAUCUGAGCGUAUGAUCAGUUGGUAGCUGGGUAGUGUGAUAUAUUGCUGUCCCUUCUCUGCCCGUUUCUCUUCAGUUGUGGCUCGGUUGGUCUUGCAACAGGCUGCUUGCUUGCUUUUGUGGUGCUAGGCUUCAUGGAUGGGUGGCCAGCUCCCCAGGAGGUGCAAGGGAGAAAUCAGUGCUGACUUCAGUGAAAUGCUUCUGAUGUGCCUGGUGCUUUCUUAAUAGAAAUGUACAGGUGGGCUGGGGGAGCUCUGCCUUUGUUAGCAGCACGUGGUUCUGUUGGGGGGAGAGAGCAGCUGUUACUGCUGACCAGUCCCAGGGAGGAGGAAGCUCACAACCCUGAUUGCAGAGUCUGCGCAUUGAUGCGUGCUUGGGUUCUUACAGGCACAUACUGAGCUCUGCUGGAGCUUGUUACAGGCUUCUCCUAAAGCAAACAGCAGAGAUCCCGAUGACAUCUGUGGUGAGCGUAGAAGCAGGCUGUUCAUGUGUACCAGCACAUCUCCAGUGAGUUGCCCCUCAAGAAGGUGGUCUCAUGGCUGGGAAUGUGGCACAGGUCCUGCACAGCAGCACUCCCUCCCUGUGAUGGGAAGGAGUGCAGGAUGGAAGGGUUGGGGUGUUCAUUUUAUUCCCCCGUUUAUCACAAAGAAAUUUCUUUUUUAGAGAUUUCAUGUUUCCCUAUUUUCUACUAAUUUUUAUGAUGUGCAGCUGAGCUAUAGCACUAGAAGAGAGGAUAUGCCUCGGGAGUUGUGUAGGUCCCCCAUUCAGUGGGUUGGGGGUGCAGCACUGCCUCCCUUGAAUGUUUCCUGAAUUUUGCUUUCAGCUGUUGAACUGUUCUCCCACGUGGGCACUAUCUGAUCAUUGUCCUGAGAUCUUAAGUGUGUGAGCAAACAGAUUUGGACGCCACUUAUAAUACAAAAUUCCUUCCCUUUAAAAGCACGAUAGUGAAGAGGUGAACCUGAAGAUAAGCUUGAGCUCAUUUAAAUAACAGCAGUUACCGUUGUGCUGUAAACUUGGAAGCGUUGUUACUGCCGUCUUUCCUGUGGUUGUUUAUGGUUAUACCACAAAUAGCAAAGUACUCCAUGUCCUUUCUACCCCUUGGGAGCAAGGGUUGUUGACUAAGAAGUUGGUACCUAUUUUUGAUUAGUUAGAACUACAUAAAGCAACUUUGACAAUAUGGUUUAAAUAAAUCUGAGUUGUUUUCUUUCUGAGAUACACAACCUGGAGGGGAGCAAAGCAGUGAUAAACUCCUUCAGCCUUGCUUCCAGAGGAAAUGUGGCUUUAAGGUUAUGCAAAUACACCAUACAGUGUUUCCUUAAUGACUCUGUGUUCUCAUUUUGGACUGCAAAAUGCUCAAAUCCAAAACAGAAUUUAACACUCAGCUCUGUUAGAACGCUAUAGCUCAGGAGACUGCACUGAUGGUUUUCUUCAAUAUGCAGUAGAGUCAUACUCGUGUUGGUGUGGCUGUCAAGCAAAUGUGCAACCUUGCUUUAAUAAGUAUGGUAACAACCCAUAUCUGACUGCAAUAGGGUUUGUGUAUGGAGGGAAGCAUGCAGCUUUCAUACAACUAAAUGCUGAAAGCUGCAAUGAUCACGGAAAAAGUCCAGAAGAGAAUGGAGUCUCUGUGCUGUACUGACUUGUGUACAACAACUGAGGUUAUCUAGACCACAAGUAAAUGUCUGCCUGUUGUUUCUUUCAUACUGACCCUUGUACAUAACAAAGUUUAUUUCUCUGUGUAAUAUAUGUAUGUAAAAUAAUAUUUUCUUACAGAUAUUUUUGAAAGUUUAAAAAAAACUCCAUCAAAACCUUGCAUUUGAAAGUAAGCUGUUAUGCACAUUAUUUUCCAGUCUUCUGAAUGGGUUUAUUUUUCAUUAAUGAUCUAAAAUAUAUUCUAGGUCAUAAAGUAUAGAAACUGCUAUAAAUGUCAAAUAUUAUGUAUCUACAGGGUACUAAACGGUAAACUAGUUGUGAAAAUAUUUUUCCCUUGUGUCUGAAACAUCAGAACUAUGACACAGCCAUUUCUCUCCUGAGAUAUCCUGCGUAGUCUGGCUUUGUUUUCUGUGGGUUUGGUUUUUUUUUGUUGUUUUUUUUUUUUUUUUUAAUUAAACAAAGGGGGGGUGUGAAAGGACCAAAUUUCUUUGAGAACAAAGAGCAAAGCUUCUUUAGCCAACCGAAAUCACGUCUCGUGCUGAUCUUGGUGCUUCCCUGUACCGGUCAUGCCUCUUGGGAUCAAUUCCUAUGCAGGCAUAAGGGCCUUAACAAAGAAUCCCAGAGCUUGCACAGCCCUCUAGGAUGGAGAGCUGAGCAGAGGGCUUGGCUCACAGCAAAGCAGCCUGGCAUGCAGUCAGCUGCGUUACAAAACCUGUCUGCCCCUCUGGCACCUGCAGUUCAGGUGUUCAGUGCUUAAAAUGUAGAUACUUGGAAUACAUUGUUCUGCAAGUUAUGCUGGUGAUUUAUUCCGUCUCCUGCAAUUCCAUUAUUUGCAAAAGUGGGUUUUCAUUGUUCCCAUUUUUUUUAAGAGUGGUUUUGUUGUUUUUUUCCUAUGUCCUAAUAGGGAUUUCUUACCCCAAUAGCUAAUGACUGUUGAAUCUUUAACAGGUGGGUAUUUUUUUUCCCCUACCUGUUGAUUAGGCAGUGUUAUUCAAUAGGUGCUGUGAACACCAUUGCAAACAUUUCUAAGCAGGCUGGUUUUUAAAGCCAUAGCUCAUAACGUGUGGACUAGAAUUGCCAUAGGAGCACAUCACUGUUGCUUAGCUUCUCGUUUUUGUUUUACUGUAAUCAUUUAUUUUCUGCAGACUACACUGGAAUUUCUACAGUUUGUUGUUUGCUUUGUUUUGUUUUUUUUAAUUAAUCAAAUAAUCUUUUGGGGAAAACAGACUCUUUUUUUUUGUGUGUGU